AUGAAGCUCCUUGUUUGUAUCUCCCUUUGUGCACUUGUCAUUGCAUCCCUCAUCAAUGUUGCCAAGGCAACCGAGCUUCGUGGCCGCGGUAUCGCCACCAUCAUGAAGUUUGAUAACUCUACUACCACUGAUCUCUUGGAGAAGCGUGGUGGUCGUGGUACCUGGUACAGCGGCAACGAUUUAAAGAACGCCGCUUGUUACGACCGUAAUGGCCUUCCUGCCUACUCUGCUACCAUCCACAGUAUGAUCGGUGCUAUGGCCAUGAACAAGUUUGAAAACUGCUACAAGUGUAUGAAGAUCACCAACAACAAGAACAAGAAGAAGACUGUUGUUGUCAAGAUUGUUGACAAGUGUGCUGGUUGUAAGGUCGGUAAGGCUAUCGAUUUGACUCCUGCCGCCUUCCAAAAGCUUGCUACUCUCAAUGAUGGUGUUGUUGAUAUCUCUUGGAAGACUGUCUCUUGCCCCAAGAACAUCUCUCCCAAGAUGGGUCCCAAGAAGAACUAA